GCUGCUCUUUCGUGUGAAAUCACAGGGAACGCUCCGCACCGAGAACUCAGCCGCUGACACAUCUAGCUAGCUUUUCUUUAUUUAUUAAUACUAAUCCAGGUGGACGACCAUGGCUUCGAGCGCGGACUCCAAAAAUGAUGAUCUAGCCACUGCGAUUCUGAAGCAAAAGAGCAGACCCAACAGACUGAUUGUUGAUGAGUCCAUCAAUGAAGACAACAGUGUGGUCUCUCUCUCUCAGGCCAAGAUGGACGAGCUGCAGCUCUUCCGUGGAGACACAGUGCUGAUGAAGGGAAAGAAGAGACGGGAGACCGUGUGCAUUGUGCUGUCAGAUGACACCUGUUCCGAUGAAAAGGUGCGCAUGAACAGGGUGGUCCGCAACAAUCUGAGGGUCAGGCUGGGUGACGUCAUCAGCAUUCAGCCAUGUCCUGAUGUGAAGUAUGGAAAGAGGAUCCACGUCCUCCCAAUAGAUGACACAGUAGACGGAAUUACUGGCAACUUGUUUGAGGUCUACCUUAAGCCAUACUUUCUGGAGGCUUACAGGCCCAUCCGCAAAGGUGAUAUUUUCUUGGUCAGAGGAGGCAUGCGUGCUGUGGAGUUCAAGGUGGUAGAGACCGACCCCUCUCCCUACUGCAUCGUUGCUCCUGACACAGUCAUCCACUGUGAGGGAGAACCAAUCCGGAGAGAGGAUGAGGAAGAGUCCCUGAACGAGGUGGGCUAUGAUGAUAUCGGAGGGGUGAGGAAGCAGUUGGCUCAGAUCAAAGAGAUGGUGGAGCUGCCUCUUAGACACCCUGCACUGUUUAAGGCCAUAGGAGUCAAGCCCCCACGUGGAAUCCUCCUAUAUGGACCCCCUGGAACCGGAAAGACUUUGAUUGCCAGAGCCGUGGCCAACGAAACUGGAGCUUUCUUCUUCCUGAUUAAUGGUCCUGAGAUCAUGAGUAAGCUGGCAGGAGAGAGCGAGAGUAACCUGAGAAAGGCCUUCGAGGAAGCUGAGAAGAAUGCUCCUGCCAUCAUCUUUAUUGAUGAGCUUGAUGCAAUCGCACCCAAGAGAGAGAAGGUGAGUGGCAAGGAGAAAUAAAUGUAUGUCUGAAUA